CUUGCUCCAUAUAAGAAAAGUCAAUAUGGCGGCUGUAAUGUCGGUCUGUCGCUUUGGACGCUUUCAGAGAAAUAUCUUUAGCAGAUUAAGACGUGAAGAGGUACUGACCAUACAUGUGCUAAAAUCACGGUUACCAUCCAGUGUUUGUCAAACAAGAUGUUUCAACACAGGCAGGAGUAAACUAAAGAAUCUAAGUGAACCAAUUGCAUUUUCUAAAUCACGAGCAAAGCACCACAAGAUAGAUGAUACGCUGGGAAUUACCAAGGAAAAGAAAUCAAACAUUCCACUUUAUGUUGGCCUAGUUUUCUUCGCUGUCAUAGUCUACCUUGGAUUUCUGAGACAAGAAGACCCAUUGGUUAUCGAGAGUUUUGAACAGGCUCUGGAAAGAGCGAGAAUUCAGCAUGAAGAACGAAAUACAAAAAGUCCCUAGAAAGGGCUUAUGGAUUGAGAGCUAACAAGGGUCCUAGUUUUGCUUUUAAAUCAAAGAAGAUAUCGAAGUCAUGUGAAGAAUUUGUUGCAUAAGCUUAGCAAAAAGAGGAGAGCCUGAGAGACCUGGGGAUACAAUAGGCCAUCUGUAAAUAACUGAUCACAUCACAACACAGAAAUGGCUGUGCCUCUCAUGCAAGAGAAUGAAGAAAAAAAAAACUUUUAAUGAAAAAAGCUCUUUCUAAGAUUGAAAUUUUCGGCUAUAUGAAAGCACUAAAUAAGUUGCUUUUUGUUGUUAUUUUGCCACAAAAAGGCUAAAGGUGUGUGAUAUUGCUAGCCAAAAAGUCAUAUGUUCUCUUUGUGUGAAUCACCUAUCAAUACAAUGCAAUAAACUUUAUUUAACAAUCAACAAUAAAGCUGGUACCUAAA